GAAAGCUUCAAAAUGGCCGAUAAACGGAGACAGCCAGUGGCACAGGGAGGUUUUUGGAACUCACAGCCCACCUCCUACAGUCAAGAAACACAACAGUUGUUAAAACAAAUGAUGAAGGAAUCUAAACUUACAAAUUUUCAACAGAGGGAACUGUCAAAUAAAGUUAGAUCUGGAGAAACACUACCUGUUACUUGUAAUCCCACCUCCAGUGCAAAACCUAGGCAACCAAAGGCAAAACCACCACCUCAAAAAGUUGUCAACCCAAGAUCUGCUGGUGGGGGCAUCAGGUUGAAGGAAACUAUUGAAAGUACAGGAGCUUAUGAAAGACCAGAUUACCAGCCAGCACAUAUCAAACCUGUCACAGAAAAAGAUAAGGAGCGUCUUGCCAACAUCAUGGCAUAUGGUGAAGAUGUACAACCACCCUCAGUUGAAAAUAUAGUCCGUAGAAUGGACCCCAGUCCAGAGCCAGAAAUAGACAGGUUUCAGGAGUUACAAGAUGAAAUUGAGGAAAGGAAAAGAUUUUUGGAUGACAUGGAUGCUAUAGGACAGGGGCACAAGUAUAGAGCUAUUAUCAGUACAGAAAUAUCACAGAAAAUCAGGGAGAUGGAACUCAUAGACCAGAAAAAAACUAAACAGCUCAAAGGGUUAUUGCAACUGCAAAAGGAAGAUCCAGCAUCUUGAUCAUUUGAUUGUACUAAACAUCCAGGUCUUGAUGUUUAAGAAAUGAUGGUUUAAACCAGAAUAAAUUAUACAUGGUCAUGACUCAAUCUUUUCAAUGGGAAAUAUUGUCAUCUUUUCAGAUACUUAAUUUUGGAAUCUUUAACAUUCAUUAUCCUUUCUUGCAUUAGUGGUGCUUUUCCUGUAAAGAACAGAACUACAGGCUAGCCUACUAUUCAAUAUGUUGCUACCACUCAAUGGGAAUGUUCUAAUUAAAAGAAAUUAUGCUUUUUAAAAAAUGCAAUAUCUGUAAAAUCCACGGUUAUCACCAUUUACAAGAUUGAGUCAUUCCAGUAAAUUUCACAAAAGAACUGGAGAAUUAAAAUGGGCCCCCAACUUCCACCAAAUGUUUUAGUGUUUUUGACAUUGAUAGAACUUUUUUUAGCUUCUAUAUUUUAAUGGAUUACUAUGGAUUUGGAUUUGAAUUGAAUAAGGCCUAGAAGUUAAGACCUCUUUCAGUCUGAAGUUUACUUGUGAAACUACCCUAGAACUCCUGGGUACAACAAAACAGUCACUGUAUUUAAUUAUAUUUGCAGUGACAUUUUGAUGUGAGAAGCAUCAUGACACGUGAACUUUAUUGCAAAAUGAUGACUGCUUUAUAUAUUAUUUAUUAUAAAUUUUAUUUAUUUAUUAUUAUCCUUCAAAACAGUACUAUGUAAUGUUUACUGGCAAGUAAGGGUGUUUUGUUUUAACUUGUGAAAAUAAGAAAAUUUGAAAACUUUUAAAAAUUCCAUUUUAAACAGUAAAUAACAUUUAUUGCUUCAUAAAAAUAAUGUAAAGCAGAUAACUGCUAAAUUUUUAAAAGCAUAAAUAUGACUUUCAAUGUUAACAUAAAAUCACAUUUGUAAAAUAUAUAUAUCAUCAUUACAUACCAUUUUUUGCCAUUUUGAACUACAAUAACAUAUUAAAUGUGUUUAAAUCUA